CCAUAUAAAAGUUCAACUUUUCUGUGAAAGCCCCACAGCUCUGGUGGACGGCGUGCAAGCCGCAGGGACCAGCAGACUCUGAAGGAAGAAUACACAUUGGGUCUCCGAGCUGAAUUAGCAGCACCAAGGUGAGACACAGAGGAAAGUGUUUGGACUUUAAACCAUGGCCAUGUCAGCUGACACCAUUGAGAUGCCGGCUCUGGGCCGCCCUUUCCAGCUGGGGAUGCUGUACGACUGCCGCAAAGACGCCCUUAUCCCAGGCAUCACUUUAUGGGACCUGGAGACACUUCAAAAUGAUGUAGAUGCAAAACCACAAUCCAAGACUGAUUUUCAGAUUAUUGCAUCUGACACCACUGAAGACAAGGCCUCUGCCCUCAAUGUCACAGCAUCGCUGAAGGCCAGUUUCCUGCUUGGCCUGGUGAAAGUGGGUGGAUCCGCAGAAUUUUUAAGUGAUACCAAGACAUCAAAACAUCAAGCCCGUGUUUCUCUCCAGUACUCAACUACAACACAGUUCAAGCAGCUGACUAUGAGUCAUAUAGGUCGCCAGAAUGUUUCUUACCCUGAUGUGUUUGACCAAGGCACAGCCACCCAUGUGGUCACGGCUGUGCUGUACGGGGCACAGGCUUUCUUUGUCUUUGAUCGGGAAGUUUCCUCAUCUGAGAACAUACAAGACAUACAGGGAAACCUCCAGAUUGCAAUUAAAAAGAUACCCCUGGUUUCCAUAGAGGGGGAAGGAGCUCUCCGAAUGGAUGACAGGGAAAAAGCACAAGCUGAAAAAUUUAGUUGUAAGUUUUAUGGUGAUUUUUCUCUUGAGAACAAUCCAGUUACUUACCACGAUGCCAUGAAAGUUUAUUCCACCCUCCCCAAGUUGCUGGGUGCCCAGGGGGAGAAGGCCGUGCCAGUGAGAGUCUGGCUAUACCCGCUGACCAAGCUGGAUUCCAAAGCUGCUCAGCUGGUUCGUGAGAUCAGCUUAUCACUGAUCUUUGAUAUUCAAACCGCCCUGGAGCAGCUGACAGAAUUAGACAUGCGAUGCAAUGAUGCAGUGAAGAAUCCGAUCACCACAACGUUCCCCGAAAUCAAGAGGAAAAUCCAGCAAUUCAAAGAUCUGUGUAUGCAACACAGACAGACUUUCCAGAAACAGCUAGCAAGAAUCCUACCCUCCAUCCGUGGAGGUGGAAAAGAGGAAGGGGACCUGGUAGACAUUUUAACCAACAAAAACCGAUCACCAUUCAAUACCCAGCAACUCAAUGAAUUUCUGGAUAAAAAGGAACGAGAAAUGAAUUUCAUCAAUUCCUAUCUUUCUGUCCUAAAGGAUGUGGACGUGGUGUCCUCCCGGAAUAAACUGGAUGAAAUAGUACUUGACCCCAUCAAUGACUUUGUCGUCGCCUUUAUGUUCACUUCAUUACAUGAAGAGGAGCCAUAUUUAUCAGAUUUAAAACUUUGGCUUCAGACCCAGUUUAUGAAGAAUACCCAAGAUCCUGCAUCAGCCAGUUCUGCAAGUGAGAAAUCCAAACUCUGGUUUGAGGACAAAGAGAGAAACCAAAAAGCCCGAAAAUCUGCAAAAUCCAUUUCAGACUUUGCCCGGGUCAAUAAAUCUAAUGGGAAAACUCGAUUCAUUGUGGCCUCAGUCCCAGAUGAGGACAAUCCUGGAGCUUCAAUUUACCUCUAUGAAAAUGGAGACCUGGUCAGCACUAACUAUGAACUUCCAUCGAAGCCUCUUUCUCUCCUGACAGAUGGAGUCAGACAUGACCAUGUGCAGCUCACAUUUAAACCAGCAGCCUUUGGGAGAAAGGAGAUAUCCGGCUAUCGGGUGGAGUACAGAAUUAUAGGGCAGGAGAACUGGACGGCUGUGGAUACAAAUGAUAAACAAGAGACCUUCACAGUAACAGGGCUCCGUGCAAACACCACAUACCAGUUCCGAUACGCUGCAGUGAGCAAACCAGGGCUCAGCGAGAGCAGUGAUGUGAGUGAUCCUGUGAAGAUGCUUCCUGCCAGCCCUCCUGGAAAACCAGAAAAAGCUACUGUAGAAUCAUCAGCCAUAGACCUCACCUGGGAGAGUCCAAGUGUCAUUGGAGAUGGAGUCAGUAUAAGGGAGUAUAAGGUGGAAUACAAAGAGGAAGCUGAAGGUGAAAGACAUGAGGGGAAAGACAAAUGGCUGGAACGAAGGACAGGAAAGAGAGCAGAGUUCUGUACCAUUGAUGGAUUGAGGCCUCAGACGUCCUACAGAUUCCGGGUGUCGGCUGUGUGUGCAGACGGGACUGUGAGUCACCCAGGUGAGGAGGGAUCAAUUUCCACAACAGGAGAAGAAUUAAGGACACUAGCACAAGAUUUCUUCAAGAAGAGCGCUCUGAUAGAAAAAGGGCAGCCCUCAGUUUAUGCACUUCCAAUAGAGAAGGCGGAGUUUGAUUCUAACGCAACACAUCCAAAGUACAGACUGGGAAAAGAGAACCUACAGAGACCUAACAAAGUCAUUAUGGUGCUGGGAGCAACUGGGUCAGGAAAAACCACACUCAUCAAUGGGAUGAUCAACUAUAUCCUGGGUGUGCAAUGGGAAGAUGAAUUCAGGUUCAAACUAAUUCAUGAGACUACAAACAGAAGCCAAGCUGAGAGCCAGACAUCUGAAGUCACAGCCUAUGAAGUUAAUCACAAAAAUGGUUUCAAAGUCCCCUAUUCCCUGACUAUAAUAGACACCCCGGGAUUUGGCGACACCAGAGGGAUAGAGCAAGACAAAGAGAUAACAAGGCAGAUCCGAGAGUUUUUCUCCACCCGAGGAGCCAUUGAUCACAUAGACGCUGUCUGUGUCAUAGUUCAGGCCUCACUAGCUCGUUUGACGCAUGCCCAGAAGUACGUGUUUGACUCCGUGCUCUCCAUUUUUGGGAAGGAUAUAAAAGACAAUAUACAAAUCCUGAUCACCUUCGCAGAUGGACAGACACCUCCUGUUCUGGAGGCUAUUAAAACAGCUGAUGUCCCUUGUGCUAGAGAUGCUAAGGGCAACCCUAUUCAUUUCAAAUUCAAUAACUCCACGCUCUUUGCCUGUAAUGCUGGAGCUGACGAGGGCAGUUUUAAUUUUGAUGAAAUGUUCUGGAAAAUGGGAGCCAUGAGCAUGAAAACAUUUUUUGAAUCCUUAGUUAAAUUAGAAACCAGAAGUUUAACAUUAACGCAGGAAGUUCUGAGAGAGCGGAAGGAGCUGGAGACGGCCGUGGAAGGGCUGCAGCCACAAAUCAAAGCUGGUCUGGUGAAGCUAGAAGAACUGAGAAAGACACAGGAAGCUCUGGAACAGCAUAAGGAUGAUAUGGAGGCCAAUAAAGACUUUGAGUAUGAGGUAGAGAAAACAGUGCCAGUGCAGGAGGACAUCUCUGGUACAGGUCAGUAUAUAACAAACUGCCAGCAGUGUCACUAUACCUGUCACUACCCCUGUGGAAUCCCUAACGAUGAUGGUAAGCGCGGGUGUACAGCUAUAGAUGGGAAGACAGGACGUUGCAGAGCUUGCCCUGGUAAAUGUGUCUGGAACGUUCAUUUCAAUCAAAAGUACAGGUGGGAAUAUGAAGUAGUAAAAGAGAAACAGACCUAUGCACAACUGAAAGAAAAGUAUGAGAAGGCAUCUGGUGAGGUGUUAUCGACAAAGAGUGUGGUUGAGAAGCUGUCUCAGGAAUACGCUGCAGUGGAAGAGAUAUUAAUGAAGCUUAUUGAUAAAUCAUCUCGCAGCCUCCAGCGUCUGCAAGCAAUUGCUCUGAAACCCAACCCGCUGUCCACUCCGGAAUACAUUGACCUGCUGAUCAUGUCGGAACAACAGGAACUAAAGCCUGGGUACCAAGAAAGAAUAAAAUCACUGAGGGAGGUUAGAGAAGUAGCUGAGAUAAUAAGAAAGAUUGCCAAUAAGGAGGCCCUGCUGCCAGGAGAGAAGAAUAUGUACAAGAAGCUUGAAGAAAAACAGUCUACACUCAAAAAAUUUGUGAAAGGAAAACUGGAUAUUGUUAAAAGCUGGUUUAGCUAAAACCUGACUGCAGCUUACCCAUGAAAAUGAAAGCACCAUUUAAACAAAGCAUGUAGCCGAGCUGUGAUUCAGGAUUGGUGUCUCUCGUUGUUUUAUAACAUUUACUUUUAAGAUUCAAGAACCUGAUUCUCCUCUGACUUACCCCACUUUUAUUGCACUGACAUCAGUUUACACCAGUGUAACUGACAGCAGAAUCUGGCCCCUGGAAUCUGGGCGCGGGGGAACCAUUUUUCUAAAAACAACAAAAAAUGCAGCUGGACUCCUUCAGAGCAAAUUGCUUCGGUGUCAGAUGUUCACAAGGAAGCGUCUCAGGUCAGGGUUAGAAACCCUUGUUCCGUCUGUACGAGCGCUCUCUGUGUUCCUGCCCAAACCGAAGCUGCACCCGUGUAAGGGCCACAGCGAGACGUUUCCUCCCAAAUGCUGCUGCUGACAACGCUUUUCUUUUUGUAAAAACCGAGCGCUCCCCUUGCCGGUGGUUUGUGAGCUGAAAACAAGACAAGAAGGAAUAAGUAAUCGCAGCCAAAAGAAAUGUUACGCUCACCCCAAGUCUUCUCUCCCACUCAUGUAAACUGGAGUGACUCAGCUGAAGUCAAUUUAGUUUUACCCCUAAGUAAAACUAUUGCAAGGGGAGAAUGGGACCCAGUGUAUAUGUUAAGCAAAGCCUUAAAGAGCCCGAAGCUGGGACAGAUUUGCCAGGUCUCAGAAUGGCUAAUCAGGGCGUGGGUGGGAGCUGUUCCAUCAGCAGCAAGGGACAGUCAGCACCUCCCAGAGCAGCUGCAUUUUCUGUCUUCUGUGUUCUUGUCUCUCCCCUUGUGCGGGUGUUUGUCCUGUUUUGUCUUAAAAGAAAUAGAAUUGGACUUCAGCAAGCACAGCAGCUGCUUCAGAGCAUCCGAACAAACUUUAUCUCUUUCCCCCCAAAAGGUACAGCUAAGCCCGUCUUUAAGACCAUCUAAGAGGCUGUCGGGCAAGAGUUUCCCACUCGGUGAGGCUCUCUACAGCGAAAGGGAAUCAGGGGUAUGGUCAGAAUGGAAGUCUUAGGCCAUGUCUACACUGGCACUUUCAUCAUUAAAACUUUUGUUGCUGAGGGGUAUGAAAAAAAAUACCCCCCCGAACAACAAAAGUUUUACGGAUGAAAAGCACAGGUGUGGACAGCACCUCGUCGGCGGGAGCUGCACUCCCAGCGACAAGGCUGCCGCCCCUUGUUGGGGACGGCUUUAUUUUGUCACGGGGAGAGUGCUUGCCCCCCACCCUCAAAUUGCUACGACCGUCAAUGGAAUUUGGGGAGACACAACAGAAUAUAGGAUUAACCCUAUAAACAAGUUUUCAUAAACUUUACAGCACCUAGUGCACCACUGGGGCUAUAGAACAAACCCCCCCUCCCCCAUAUCUGAGCAUUGUCCUUGUAGGGCCGAGUCCCUCCUGGCUACCUGCACAGGAGGUUUGGACACAGCUAACUUUGGAAAUCGCUCCCUGGUGGUGAUGUGUGUAGUUAUUUAAUCUGCACAAUUUCACUGGUCUGGGGCAGAGAAAUGGUGCCUUCUGUUUGGCACCAUGCCCUGCCCUCACUCCAGUUAGUGCUUUGGCUCAAGACCUUUGCAGAAGGAGAAUUUUGCCCUACAAGCGGGUGACUGUCUAGCUCUGAAGCACAGUGUGAAUUAGCCAGGCUGGGGAGCUCAGCUGCUGGAAAGUCCCCACAGUGAGAGUGUUACACUGAGAAACAGGAGCUACAGACUUCAGGAUGUGAUAGCAAACAGCAGCAGCCCUGGCAACAAAGCUCAGCAGCGACCCCUUGAAGAGAAGGAAAGAGAUGACAGCCCUGGAAAUCCACCCUGCUCACAGACCAGGUGUUAGCUCCUCACCUCUGCUGUGGGGUGCAAGACUAGAUAAAAGGGGCUCUAAGGGGAUGUCUACACUGAAGUUUGGGUCUGUCUACACUGUAACUAGACACCUGCAGCUGGCCCGUGCCAGAUAAUUCAGGCUCAUAGGGCUUAGACUAAGGGGCUGUUUAACCGCAGUGUAGAACAUUAGGGCUCCUGGGCUCUAGGACCCUCCCACCUUGCAGGGUCCUAGAGCCUGGGCUCCAGCCUGAGCCCAAACAUCUACAGCACAAUUAAACAGCCCCAACUCAGCUGGCACGGGCCAGCUGCAGGUGUCGAACUGCAGUGUACACAUAGCCUAAGAGACCGCUAGGAUGAGGAGCAGCAGCUGGGAGGGGAACAGAAGUGGCUGGAAGGCUAGUAAGACUAUUUACUAAUGUUUUAACUGUAACGAAGCUCGGGUCGGCCCUGAGAGGGGUUUAGAAGCAUCCAGCUGCUACAGCUGUAUCAGAGACUUCGAGGCAGGUGGAAAGUGCCCAGUCACGCUGGCAGCUGAAAUCACCGUUCACGCUGAGAAUAUUUCACUCUGAUUUACCUGGUUCUGUUCAGAACUGCGCUGGAGGAGCUGGUGUGUCUUACGAGCAAAUUCUACCUUCCCUCUAUUACCUUGUUAUUCCAGGAUAGCCUAUAAUCAAGAACCAGUGUGUGUGUUUGUAACAAUCUGCAUUUAAUAACCCAUGUAACUAGACAAGCUUUAUUCGAUGACGGGUGUAUCCACACUCAGUAUGUUCUAGUCCAUUCCCUGUGUGUUCCUGUAUUCCGAGUUUUUAUUAAAUCAUGUAGCGGUAGUUUUAUAGUUUAAUAAAAACGGAUUUGAUCUGGA